CUUGCGUCCAAUGAAUCGAAGGGACCCGUCAGCCGUGUACUGUACUAGAUCGCCUGUCUUAUACAGCCGGCCAAGGUCUGCGGGUUGACAGUCACGACGGAAACUAUGCAGCCAUAAUGGCGGAUCAAUGAAUGCCGCCGCUGUCUGUUCUGGGUUGAGAUAGCCACGCCCGAUAAUUGGACCCUCAAUCAGCAGCUCGCCCACCACCCCGAUAGGGACUAGUCGUUCAUGGUUCUCGCGAUCUACUAUCCAGCAUAUGCAGCCAACUGCCCACCCGAUAUUGCCCACAUCUGAAGCUGACUCCAAAUGAGUUUGAACUGUACUUACCACAGCACACUCUGCUGGGCCAUAUGAAUUUAUCAACUGAACAUGCGGCCCCCAAAUCUCUAUAUCUGACUUAGUAAUCGGUUCUCCAAUGAGAGCCAACACUUCCAAUCCUGGCACAGUGUGGGGCUCCAGGGUCUUGAUAAUAGAGGGUGUUAGAUGUGCCCAUGUUGCCAUGUAUUUAUUGAUGGCCAUGGCUACAUUCUCUUUCUCUGCGAGUGACGGGACACAAUUACAGGCCCCGGAGAUCAGUGUCGUGAGUGUAUCGGAUAUACUGACAUCGAAUCCGUAUGAAACGAAUUGGAGGACUCUCGCUUUUGGUGUGAGAUGAAGCCGUGGGCCAUGUGAUGUCGCGCUGACAGAGAAAGCCGCAUGUGAG